UCAUAUGACAGCUUCGGAACACAUGGUUUUCAGAGACGUCGAUAGUUGGAGGUUACAUAGUAAAUUGCUUUAUUUAUGUUUUUAAGCGUGAUCCGAUAGAAUGACUAUCGCGGAUCUCUGGGAUCAGACAGUAUCGGCCUUUCUACUGAGUCCAUCUCAGUUUUUGGCCACCAGCACCUCUGAGAACUUCUUGGCUGAACUUCUACACGAACUGCGGAAUGAUAAAGCCAAUGAUCAACUCAAGAUUCUCCUUGUGUCUGUGCUACUGGAGCAUCCAACCAUUCUCUGCCCUUCUUCCUCUGUGGGAGAGGAAACAGCCCUUGAACUACUGUCAGUCUUCUCUCACACGCCACAGAAAUCCAUCAUCCUCAAGAGCAAUGUCAUGCUGGCCAUCACCAACGUGAUAAUAUGCACAACCUGCCUGGCUAACCACACGAAGAUGGCUGAAAACUGGCUGGACCUUCUAUUUCAGAUGAUUCAGGACACCAAUGACUACAGAUGCGGCCUAUCCCAGCAGCCACUAAGGGCCACCGCUUGUGAGUGUCUACGAGAAAUGGAAACCUGUAGCCCUGGUCUUCUUUCUCAAAAGUUAGAGGCCCUGUAUCUUCUAAAACAGCAAGAGACCACAGUUCUGCAUCAGUCCUACUGUAUGCUUUAUACACUUGGGCUGAAGAACGCCAUAAGGAUCUUGACGAGCCAAAAAGAUGUUACUGACCUAGAGUUCAAGAGCAUCUUAGGAGGAAAUGAAGGGUUUGUAUGGAAAAGCAAUCAGUUACGAUUGACCUUGUUGCCAAUAAACAUGAUGGUACAAGUCCCACGUUUGCCACCAGGUUUGGAUUGUAAAGAACUCAAAUCAAUUAUGUCGUCACUCUUGGAGGAGUCUUACCUGCAAACGCCUAUUUCCCAGUCUGCCCUACUUAGGGAACUUGUAGAAAUUGUCGCCAUGGUUCCGGGACUCUCUCCAACAUUAUUCAAAUCGCAGCUUCUGCGACUCUUCGGAACGGCAGACGUUUCGCUCAUGCAUGCCACGCUCUUUAUGAAGGACACAUUCACAGAUAGCCUUUUCUCCGCCGAGGAUGAGAACUUCCUGCUCAAGCGUCUCGUGGGCACAGCCCAGCAUCCGCUCCUAAGAGUUCCCGAAAAGCUCUUCUACAUGGAAUGCAUCCUGCACUUCCCUGAGAACCGGCCCAUAUCCAGCAGCGGGGAAGAGAGUUUACCUGUGCUGGUUACGCCACGUCUGGCAGUGUCUCUUCAUCCAACGGUUUUCAAUGAUAGUGCAACUAUGCUCUGCAGGCUAAACCUUCUUUGUUUGGUGCACCUUGAAGCAGAUGAGGGCGAAGCGGAUAAAGGAAUCAGCUACCUGUUUGAACACAUAAUGGCCCUUUUGAAAAUCAUAGACAAUGACGGUAGCAGAGAAGUGGUGGUGACCUCUUUCAGAGCGUUGUUCAUUUUUCUCAUGCACUUCAGUGGCAUGGAAGAACUCUCCGAGAAGAUGAGGAGAUGCAGGGAUUUCUCGAUGGGGACAGAACCCAACCCCUCUUGGCUCCCCUACACCAGUCCCCCCAGGGGUUAUACUUUUUGGAUGAAGGCCAAACGGGAACACCUGGAGUCUGAUGGCAAUGAGCUCCCUCGGAGCCUGCAGGAGCUCAACACCAGAAUCAAGAGGGGAAAGAGGGCGAAACAAAAGUUGUGGGAGGAAAUGGCCUGUAGGCUGACUGCCAAAUUUGGCCUGGUUUUCUCUCCAGCCAAAGUGGCAGACCCUUGUCGAUGGCUACAAAGGCCAGAGGUGCUGGGUGCAGGGGGAGGGACAGGGACAGCCAUCAAGCGCAUGGGAGGUUUGUCCAGAGAAUUGUGCAGGGGGUACACGGACACCAGACACACAUGUAGACUGAGGGGAACUAGGGCACCGGCAAACCAACUUGUAGAUGUUAUCCAGGACUCAGAACAAGCUAGCCAGACGAGACACGGUUGA